AUGGCUCAAGACAGCUCUCCCAACACAAUGAAUCUUAGGCGAAGCCGCACCCGCAUCAAAUUCACAGAAGAUCAAUUGAAAAUCCUCAUCGAAGCCUUCAACCAAGAACCUUACCCAGGUUACAAUACCAGGCAAAAGCUUGCUUUGGAAAUGGACAUUGAAGAGUCCAGAAUCCAGACUUGGUUUCAGAAUCGAAGAGCUAGGCACAGAGUCCAGAGAAGAUCAGAACCCGAGGACUUAAAAUCAAGCCGAGACCAAGAUUAUGACCAAGAUCGGCCUGUGGAGAAGACUCCGAGCAGAGAAGGCAGGCGGCGGCGAAUCAGCUACACUUCCUCCCAAUUACACACCCUCAUCUCGGCAUUUAAGAACAACCCAUAUCCUGGGAUUGAUUCCAGAGAGCAACUUGCUAAGGAAGUUGGGAUUCCAGAGUCAAGAAUCCAAAUUUGGUUUCAAAAUCGAAGAUCUAAAUUCUACGUCCAGAGGGAAGAAGAACCUGAUGAGCCUUCAGAACAGGAACAAGACCUCUGA